ACACACCUGUUCCCCACCCAGGUUAAAGUACAAGUGUUUCUACAGUACAGCAGACACGUUAAGAAAAUACGUUUAGAUCAUACGUACAACCAUGGAAAGGUAUUAAUUACAGGUAGCUAGAGAUUUAUAUUAAACAUCUGCCUGAUAAAGUAUUGGAAUUCAAGUUCAGUAAAGGAAGGACACAUGGCAGAGGCCGGUCAACACAAUGAGUUUAAACUCGGGGUACGACAGAGGGUUGUGGUGGCUGAUAGGGGAAAGGAUGUUACCCUCUCAUGUCACCUCUCUCCUGAGACCAGCGCUGUUGCCAUGACAAUCAGGUGGUUUAAGAAGACAGAGUGUAUUUACCUGUAUAAGAAUGGCCAGGUGAUAGAGGGGAGGGGCUAUGAGGGCAGAGUGAGUCUGGUCACCCAGGAGCUGGAGAGAGGCAACGUGUCUCUGACGCUGAGAGACUACAAGCAUGAGUCAGAUAAAGGAGUGUACAUCUGUCAGGUCACCUCUGGAGGACAGAAGGAGGAGGAUGCCGUGUAUCUAUGGAACAGGGGGUACUUGGAUUAUGCUAAAGCAUACGCUGAAGAGUAUUUACAAAGUGAAAGCCCAGAGGACAAGAGGAGCAGAGAGGAAUCUGCUUGUUUGCUUGAGAAACAGAUGUACAGUAAACUAGUAGACGAGAAAGACCCACUACUAAAAGACAAACAAAAGGAACUAGAGAGAGAUAUCAGUCAAAGGAAGGACUUAGAGAUACAUCUGGAACGUUUCAAACAUGAGAAGAGGGAGCUGGAAGAGAAACACAAGGAGACAGAGAAAAAGAGGAAUGAAUUUGAAGCAGAGUUACAGGCAUCUAAAGUACAAUUAAUAGAGAGAGACAAACGACUGGACAGACUACAGAGUGAAGGUAGAGAAAGAGAGACGAGUCUGGAUAAGAAGAACAAAGAACUACAAGGGAGAGAUGAACUGCUGAAGGAGAGAGAAGACAAGCUAAAGAGGAGGCAGGAGGAACUGGGAGAGAAAAACAAACAACUACAAGAGAGAGACCAACAACUGGAGAGACUAGAGAGUGAAGGUAAAGAGACACAGAAGAGACUGCAAGAGAAGGACAUACAAUUAGGAAAGAGAGAUGAGCUGCUGAAGGAGAGAGAUAAAGUGUGUGAAGAGAAAGACAAGCAGCUGAAGGAGAAAGAUGAUGAACUAAAGAGGAGGCAGGAGGAACUGGGAGAGAAAAACAAACAACUAAAAGAGAGAGACCAACGAUUGGAAAGACUAGAGAGUGAAGGUAAAGAGAGAGAGAAGAGACUGAAAGGGAAGGACAAACAACUAGGAGAGAGAGAUGAACUUCUAGAGGACAGGAACCAGAAGCUGGAGGAAAAAGACCGACACCUGGAGGAGGUGAACAAGACACUGAGGGAGAGUGAAAAGAGGAUAGAAGAGAAGGAUUCACUCCUGGAGGAGAGGAAUAAACAACUAGAGGACACAGAGAGCAGACUGGAGGAAACCACAACACAACUGAAGGAGAAGAACCAACACCUUCAGGAGAAAGAGACACCACUGGAUGACAUGACCCAGCAGGUGAGAGAGAAGGAGAGACAACAGGAGGAGCUUAGAAAAGACCUGCAGGACAACAACAACCAAGUACAGAAGCUCACAGUCCAACUGCAGGAGAAAGACUCUGAAUGGAGGAGAGGAACCAGAGACUGA